AUGGAUGAAACACCACAAGAAGUCCCACUAUAUUCAAUGGACAUACCGCACAUAGCAGCAGUUGAACUACCGUUACGUGUUAAAAAUGAACAAAAGGCAAUUGAUGCACUUGGUGGAAAAAAUAAAAUAUCUGAUUCAAUUAAAGAUUCAGCAAUACCAAUAGAAUUAAAAUUAAGAAAAGAUCCUUUCCAACAUCCUAUAAAAGCUGCAUAUUCUGCAAAUGAAAGAGUAGUUUUAAAAAUUCAAAUCAAGAAAGAUAUAGUUAAACAAAAUCCAACUAAAUCAAUUCAAGAAUUAUUACAAUUAAAUGAAGUAAAACCUAAAAUCCAACCAGUUGCCAUAAUAGAUAAGACUUAUAGAUUUAGAGCAAUGAGUGAUUUUCAAAUAAGUACUAAGCACAAUAAAAUGUUACAAGAUUUGAAGAAAAAUGUAUUAGACGCAACAAAUUAUCAAACCGUCAAGGAUUACGUAGCUGAUCAUAAUUAUUUUAAUAAUAAAUCAGAUUUAAAUAAUGAAUAUUUUGAAAAUAGAGAUCAUAUGUUACCACCACCUCCAUUAUUUUCACAUAUUAAUUACCCAUACAAUUAUAAAUAUCAAAAAAAUCCAGUAACUGCCGUGGUAAAAGAUGAAAAAAGUGGUGAUUUAAAAGUUGUUUCUAAAAAAUCAUCUAUAAAAUUACAUACUAUACUUAUUCCAUAUGAAACAGAACCACCAAAACAACCACCAAGUUUAUUAACCAAGAAUUACGAAGAAUUGAUAAAAAACCAUCCACCAAGAGGUAGUCAUGAUGAUAUUUUAAUAAGAUGUAUAGAAUGGGUAAAAGAAAUAUUCGAAAUAAAACCAAUUUGGUUAAGACGUCAAUUAGUUGAUAUAAUACCCGAAGAAUUUAAAAGACAUCUUAAAUUAGCAUUACCUUAUGUUACUUAUUUAUAUCGAAGUGGACCUUGGAGAUUUUGUAAUAUUAAAAUUGGAAUUGAUCCAAGAUUAGAUUCUAAAUAUUGGAUUUAUCAAACUGAAUAUUUUAGAGUUAUUGGUAGAAAAUCAGAAGAAAACGAAAAUUCUAAAAAAAUAAUCCCCAAAACAUUAGAAGAUUUAAAAUAUAAAAUUUCUAUAUCACAACAUGAAUUUUUUGAUGGAGUAAAUUUACCAAGUGCAAUAACAUUUCAAAUUGGUGAUAUUAUAGAUAUGGACAUAACAUCAGUUAUAACUAAUCAUAAACAAAAUAUGGGUAAUGAUUUUUUAAAAGAUGCACCAGAUGUUUAUUCUGGAUGGGUAAAUAAACAAACUAUGGACCUAAUUAGAAAAAUUAUGAGGUAUAAAUUAAAUUGUUUAGUAAAUGAACAACCAAUAGAUCAAAAUAAGAUAUAUAAAUUUACAACUUUGAAUUUUAAUAAAGAAGAUACAACUGAAAAAGAAAAUGAAGAACUUGAAGAUGAACCUAUUGAUGAUACUGUUAUAAAUAAUGAAAUCGGAGAUGGUGAUGAAGAAAUAGAAGAAGAUGUAGAUGAUGAAUUGACUAAUGUUAAUGAAGAAGAUGUUAUUGCAAUAAUUAAAAAAUUAAAUCCUGAAAAUUAUCAACAAUUGAGUCAUUUAGUAGGUUUCAUAAAACAAGAUAAUCUCGAUCUUGAUUAG